AUGUCUCUCGAUAAUGCCAAUCUCUUGGAAAAGGGUUACUGGGAGCCAGCGAAGUCGGAGCCCGAGCGAACUCUGGCACGAGCGAAACGACGCGUUCUCGAACUUGUGAGGCCUUCCAAUGCCAGCAAGACAGCAUUGCAGAACUCGAAGGCCAACCGAACUGCAUACCUGGAUGGGCUCAGGGGGUUUGCCGCGCUCCUGGUAUAUUUGGGGCAUCAUCAACUAUGGGCACACGACGCUCUGAAAGCAGAUCGAAUCCUGGAAAACGCUUACGGCUACGACAAUCAGUAUUACUUUGCCUGUCUGCCAGUGGUGAGGAUGUUUUUCUCGGGUGGCCACUUCGCAGUCACUGUCUUCUUCGUUCUCUCAGGAUACGUUCUAUCAUGCAAGCCACUCACGAUGAUCCAUGCCGGCGAAUACAUGAGGCUCGGGGAUAAUCUGGCGUCGGCGCUCUUCAGACGCUGGCUACGACUUCAUAUACCGGUCAUAUGCACGACCUUUUGUUACAUGACCUCGUGGCAUGUCUUCGGAUAUACUGCAGACCCUCUGCCUUAUUCCACAUACCUCGAGGACUUGUGGAACUGGUACGUUGAGUUCAAGAACUUCAGCUUCAUUUUCACUACCGGCGGCAAGCCCUGGUUCAGCUACAACUUCCACGUAUGGUCGAUACCAAUCGAAUUCAAAGGCUCGAUUCUGAUUUAUACGGCACUUCUAGCAUUGUCGAGAUGCACUCGAAAUGCCCGGCUUUGGUGUGAACUAGGUCUGAUCCUCUAUUUCAUGUAUAUUGUUGACGGCUGGUUUUGCUCGGUCUUCAUGUCUGGAAUGCUACUUGGUGAUCUGGACCUAUUGGCUGCCAGCGAUAAUCUGCCGCAUCUCUUCUCAAAUCUCGCUCGCUUCAAGAGCUUCAUUUUCUACACCCUUUUUGUCGUUGGACUCUACCUUGGUGGUGUUCCGUCCUUCAGCGCGGAUAUCAAUUACCUGAGAGAGUCUCCAGGCUGGGGUCUUCUGUCUCUCCUCAAACCACAGGCUGUCUACGACUAUAAGUGGUUCUACCUGUUCUGGGCAGCAACAUUUGUGGUGGCCUCCAUCCAGCACAUCCCGCGGCUGAAAGGGUUCUUCGAGACACGGUUCAACCAAUACCUCGGCCGGAUUUCGUUCGCCUUUUAUCUCGUUCACGGCCCGAUCCUGUGUUCACUCGGCGAUAGGAUCUAUGCUGCUGCUGGCUGGAUCAAGGAAUCUCAGAUCACGACUAUCCCUGGCUGGAUAGAUCUCGUCCCUCUCCCAAAGAUUGGGCCGUUUGGGUUGGAGUUAAGCUUCCUACUUCCGCAGCUUAUCCUUCUUCCGGUUACGCUAUGGGUAGCAGAGGUGGCUACAAGUCUUAUUGACGAGCCAAGUGUCCUAUUUUCGCAGUGGCUGUACCUGAAGACCCUUUCCCUGGUGAGCAGGCCGUGA